UAAAGAAGGUACGAAACGUAAUGAGUUCUUUACAGUAUAAUGUUAUAGAACCGUGUGCAAAGCUAGGAUUUCCCACUUUAUCGUGCCGUGUGCAAAGCCAUUCAUUUACACAGCUUGGAAGAGCGUGGAAGCAGUUUUGCGGAAAGGGUGAAGUUGAGAGAUAUAAAGUUGAGAUCAGAGUUGAGAUUAAGCGUAGUAGAAUCAAGUUAUCAUCAUGAGCGAUAGAGAAUGUUACAAUUGUGGUCAAACCGGACACAUAUCUAGAGAUUGUCCGGAAGAGAGGCAAAGAGGUGGUGGAGGAGGAGGAGGCCGCAGGGGUGGUGGUGGUGGUGGUGGCAGUAUGACCUGCUACAACUGUGGUGAAGCUGGACACAUGUCGAGAGAAUGCUCUAAGGGUAGUAGUAGAGGUGGUGGUGGUGGCGGCGGAGGUGGUCGAUCAUGUUACAAUUGUGGAGGUUCUGGCCAUCUUGCUCGUGAUUGUGACCAGCAGUCAAAGAGUGGUGGUGGUGGCGGCGGUGGAUAUAGGCGUGGUGGUGGUGGUGGAGGAGGUGGUGACAACAGGGAGUGUUACAACUGUGGCAAGACUGGUCACAUCUCCCGUGAUUGCAACCAGGCCAGAGGUGGUAGAGGUGGAGGCGGAGGCAGAAGCACAGAGUGUUACAACUGCAAGCAGGAGGGUCACAUUGCCCGUGAUUGUCCAUCUGGUGGCAAUAAAUAUGACGACGUGAAGGAGAGGAGAGGUGGUGUGGUUUGGAGGAGAGUAGAGCAGAGCAGAUUUGACUGGAGGAGGAGAAGUUUUUGGAGGUUGAGUAAAAAGGGGAACGGGAUACAGGAAGUUGUUGGUUUUAAGAGGAGUAGAUUAUUGGACGUGGAGAUUGUAGCAAAGAUCAAGAUGUCUGACACUACAUGUUAUAAGUGUGGAAAGAAGGGGCAUUUUGCAAGGGAAUGUCGGUCCAGUGGGUCAAGUCGAGGUGGAGGGCAAGGGAGCAGGCAGUCAGUGAGAUGCUACAAGUGUAACAAGUUUGGACAUUUUGCGCGUGACUGUAAGAUGGAGGGGGAUAGAUGUUACAAUUGUAACAAGAUAGGCCAUAUUGCCAAAGACUGUGAUAAGGAAAUCGAUGAAGCAGGGAUAUGCUACAAUUGUGGAGAAUCUGGACACAUCCAGAAGAACUGCCCUGAUGCUGAUGGUGACUCCAAAACUUGUUACAGAUGUGGAGAAAAGGGCCAUCUUGCUAGAGAUUGUCCAGAUGAUGUCCAGGAUGACCGAAAAUGUUACAACUGUGGAGAGGUUGGUCAUCUGUCCCGUGACUGUACCAGUGAUCGACAGUACAGUAGUAGCUCCUAUAGUCGCCAGGAUGAUCGUAAAUGUUACAAGUGUGGGGAAGGUGGUCAUCUUGCUCGUGAUUGCCCUGAUGAUGAGCCACGAGAAGAUACACGAUCUUGUUACAACUGUGGUGAAGUUGGCCAUUUGUCGAGGGACUGCCCUGAUGAGAGGAAGACUGAGAGAAGGACAGAGCGUCGUUCCCAGGAAUGCUACAAGUGUGGUGAAUAUGACCAUAUUGCCCGGGAUUGUCCAUCAACAAAGAAGGAUGUAGAGUGUUAUAAUUGUAACAAGAUGGGCCACUUUGCUCGUGACUGCCCUAAAGGUGCUGCAGAGGUCACUUGCUACAACUGUAACAAGACCGGUCACUAUGCCAGGGACUGCAAUGAAUUUGGCGAGGAUUAGACAAAUAGUUGCUAAGUGGAGGGACACUGCAUUCCCAUAUAAAGAAAGAUGGGAUUUGCAUACCCUUUUUUUUUGAGAAUUCUGAAUGUUUUAGUGUAGUGUAUGAUUUUAAUGUUUUAAUUAUUGUUUUGAUUUGACAUGUUUAUAUAACCAGGUAGUAAAACAUGAAUUUUACCUGCCGACUUAGAUGAAAUGGCAACAUUUUCUGCUGGUUGCGGACAUUUGAUACAGACCAUAUUGAUUUAGUGUAUGAUGGUGGAGGGGCGAUUGUGAUUGACUUGUGUUUUACAAUUUUUCUAAAGUGCCUGUCUGUAUUCCUUUUGUUUUUUUUUGUAUUUUAUUAAAUUAUGUGACAUUUUUAAAUCAUAUUUGUAGCUGAUUCAGCUAAUGCAUCAAGACUCUGAUAAGUUGCUGUUUUUUCUUUGACACAUCUUCAUAUUGGAGGUGAUCUAUUCAGGAAUUCAUCGAAAUAUUUAUUCACUUGUUCUCCUUUAAUGUACUGCUUUGAAGAAGAUGUCUGCAAUUUGCCCUUUGUUUCAAAGAACUGAUCACAUGACCAAAGUAAAUUUGGUUUGCAGAUUUGAAGUAAAACGGUCAUGUUUCAUUUAUGAAUAAAAUUGUGUUCAAUGUUGUAAUUUAAAAAAAAAGGCUUCUUGCAGACAUUUCUUCUAUUGUGGAUCACAAUGCUAUGCAAUGAUUUUUAAAAUAGCAUAAUGACAAAUUGACUAUGGUGGUUUGAGUAUUUGUUGAAUGUUUGCCAGAUGUGUUUUAAUUAAUGGUAAUAUGCAUGUUGCAUAUUUAUUUCAUGGAAUUUUGUAUUUUGAAGAUGCAAUGCUUUCAUAUUAUUUUUUUUUAAAUAAAAUCAUUAAAAGUUGGGCAUCAUUUUGUAUUGUUAGGAAUGUUCAAAUGAUAGAAGUACCAUAAUUGUCGGGUCCCAAAAUUGGGACAAGAUUACUUCAUAGAAAUGGGAAGUUUUUAAUUUCAAGAACUAAACUGGGAGUAGGGUUAAAAAAAUGGUGAAUAUUGGAUUUUUUUAUUUGUUACAAGUGGAAAAGUGUGUCAAGUGAACAGUUAAAUCUCGGGGCUUUUACUAAUAGAGUAAUGCAAGAUUUGUGUGACUUUUAAAAACUUAUUUUAGAGUUUAGAUGUUUAAACAGAGGGACAUGUUUAUGAGGAGGAGAGAGAGUGACGGAGAGGAGGUAUUUUUAUGAGUUGGGAGAUUUUAAGGGAGUUUUAGGGUGAUUAAGAAGAUUUACGGUGAAGAGUAGAUGUCGGUCAAUGAGUUUACAGACAUUGAAGAAGUGUUGUUUAUGAAGUGGAGAGUGGGAAGCAUUUUUACAGAUGACCUGUAAACUGUAUAUUUUUUCAUUGGUUUUAAAACCUUAGUAAGGGUCUAAAAAACCUGUUAAAAUGCCUUCUUGUAUUUUCUUUCAUUCCAAGGCAGCUCCAAAUAAUCAAAGUAGGACAGGGACAGAUGGUGUGUUUCAGAAGGGAGAGUGUCUCGAAAAUAAAUAAAUAUUCAUAGCCAUAAUGCUGCAGAUAAGUUUGUUAAAACUUGAAUGAAAUAGAACAGGUAAUUUAUAUGCAAAUGUUAUGAUGAGGUAACAUCUUAAGCAAAAAUGUAUAUUUCAUGGUGGUUAGUUGUUAAAGAUUGACUUGAACAAAAAAAAUUGUUAAAGAUAUAAAAACAAAGGUGGAUUACAUAUUAUUUUUAUAUUAAAUAAAGUUAUGGCUAGCCAAAA